AUGGUAAAAGGGGAGCCCCCGCCCCCGCCCGAGGAUGACGCCCGAGGGUUAGAGGGGCCCACCCCCGGCCCGAGGAAUACGCCCGAGGGUAAGAGGGAUGGCCCCCCGCCCGAGGAUACGGCCCGAGGGAAGGAAGGAGGGAGCCCCACCCCCGCCCGAGGAUCACGCCCGAGGGAUACGCCCGAGGAUAGAGGGAGCCCCCGCCCGAGGAUACGCCCGAGGAUACAGGGAGCCCCGUCCGAGGAUACGCCCGAGGAUACAGGGAGCCCCGUCCGAGGAUACGCCCGAGGAUACAGGGAGAACCCACCCGAGGAUACGCCCGAGGAUACAGGGAGCACCCGCCCGAGGAUACGCCCGAGGAUACAGGGAGCCCCGUCCGAGGAUACGCCCGAGGAUACAGGGAGCCCCGUCCGAGGAUACGCCCGAGGAUACAGGGAGCCCCCGCCCGAGGAUACGCCUGAGGAUACGGAGCCACGCCCGAGGAUACAGGGAGCCCCGUCAGAGGAUACGCCCGAGGAUACAGGGAGCCCCGUCCAAGGAUACGCCCGAGGAUACAGGGAGCACCCGCCCGAGGACGCCCGAGGAUUACAGGGAGCCCCCGUCCGAGGAUACGCCCGAGGAUACAGGGAGCCCCGUCCGAGGAUACGCCCGAGGAUACAGGGAGCCCCCGCCCGAGGAUACGCCCGAGGAUACGGAGCCACGCCCGAGGAUACAUGGAGCCCUAUGUCCGAGACGCCUGAGGAUACAGGGAGCCCCCGCCUAGGAUACCGCGACCGAGGAUUACAGGGACAGCCCCCAGGAGCCCCCGCCCGAGAUACGCCGCGAGAUACAGGAGCCCCCGCCCGAGGAGUACCCCGAGGAUACAGGGAGCCCCCGCCCGAGGAUACGCCCGAGGAUACAGGGAGCCCCCGCCCCGAGGAUAACGCCCGAUAUAUACAGGGGCCCCCUCCCGCGGAUACGCCCGAGGAUACAGGGGGCCCCCCCCAGGAUACGCCCGGGAUACGGGAGCCCCCCGCCCGAGGAUAUACGCCCGCGGAUACAGGAGCUCCCGCCCGAGGAUACGACGCCCGAGGUUACGCGAGCUCCGCCCGAGGAUACCUCCGAGGAUACAGGGAGUCCGCCCUGGAUACAGGGAGCUCUCCGCCUCGAGGAUACAUGGAGCCCUCCGCCCGAGAAUACUCCCUAGGAUACAGGAGCUCCCGCCCGAGGAUAUCAGGGAGCUCCCGCCCGAGGAUACAGGGAGCCUCUUCCAGGAUACGACCCGAUGAUACAGGGAGUCCCCGACCAAGGAUACGCCCGAGGAUACAGGGAGCCUUCCGUCCGAGGACCUACGCAAGAGGGUUCAGGGAGCCCCCGACCCCCAACGAGGAUACGCCCGAGGGUUCAGGGAGCCCGGCCCCCGACCGAGGAUACGCCCGAGGAUGCAGGGAGCUCGUCCGAGGAUACGCCCGAGGAUGCAGGGAGUCCCCGCCCGAGGAUACGCCCGAGGUUACAGGGAGCCCCGUCCGAGGAUACGCCCGAGGGUUCAGGGAGUCCCCGCCCGAGGAUACGCCCGAGGGUUCAGGGAGCCCCCGCCCGAGGAUACGCCCGAGGGUUCAGGGAGUCCCCGCCCGAGGAUACGCCCGAGGGUACAGGGAGCCCCCGCCCGAGGAUUACGCUACGAGAGGGUACAGGGAGCCCCCGCCCGAGGAUACGCCCGAGGGUACAGGGAGCCCCCGCCCGAGGAUACGCCCGAGGAUACAGGGAGCCCCCGCCCGAGGAUACGCCCGAGGAUACAGGGAGCUCCGCCCGAGGAUACGCCCGAGGAUACAGGGAGCUCCGCCCGAGGAUACGCCCGAGGAUACAGGGAGCUCCGCCCAAGGAUGCAGGGAGUCCCCGCCCGAGGAUACGCCCGAGGGUACAGGGAGCCCUGCCCGAGGAUACGCCCGAGGGUACAGGGAGCCCUGCCCGAGGAUACGCCCGAGGGUACAGGGAGCCCCGCCCGAGGAUACGCCCGAGGGUACAGGGAGCCCCGCCCGAGGAUACGCCCGAGGGUACAGGGAGCCCCGGCCCGAGGAUACGCCCGAGGGUACAGGGAGCCCCGGCCCGAGGAUACGCCUGAGGUACAGGGAGCCCCCGCCCGAUGAUACAGGGAGUCCCCACCCGAGGAUAGUGGGAGCCCCCGCCCGAGGAUACGCCCGAGGAUAG